AUGAGUUCGCACAAAACGAGUUUUCGUGAAGGUGUGAGUAAAUUAAUACCUAAUGCCACUAUUAAUCAAAAUAUCGAUCCUUCAGUAUUGGCUCUGGCUGAAGCUUCGCGAAUGGAGUCUAUUUCAUCUGCUAUGUCAACCAGUAUUAGAAGCGAAGAUCUAUGCCUAAAUCCUACAAAUCUAAUUGAGAUUAACAAUACCGACGAAGAAUCGUUAUCAGUCUCAGAUACUGUCUGUUGUGAAGGUACAACAACUGAAGUUACACUCGAUUCAUGUGACAAUAAGAAAAAUCUGAUCGGAAAAGAAAAUUCAAUAACACCAUCUUCAUAUGAAGGUGAACAGCAUAAAACAAUAGUCUUAAUUGAAGAUAAUAAGAAAAAUAUACUAGAAAAAAGUGGAAAUGAUGAUAUUGUUGAUGAUUCUAUUGAACAGUUACGUGCCUUUGGUAUUACGAUAUGUAGCAAUUUAUUACACUUUAUGCCUCUAUCAGCUGAACCGCUAAUUCAACGUACAUUAAAAACACUUACUGGUCAACCGAAUUGUCUAAAUCCUAAUGCAUUCACUGAAAUUGAAACUUAUAUUAUUAACAUUCUAGCAGGUCCCAGUUGUUUUGGUGCAUUUAAACGUAGUAGUCAAUACAUUCAUCUUUUGGCUGAAUUAGAUUUACUUAAGGAACCAUUAGAACAACCUUCAUCGUCUAGUUAUAUGUCUAUCUCUUCAAUUUCAAACGAAACAGUAUCUCAAGUCCAACCUAAGCCAUUAUCUGAAACUGAAAAGAUUAAUACUUCCAAUGAUUCUACUCUUCAUAACGUUUCUUUCCAAUCUGAAAUGUCGAUUUCUUCAAAUUCUGUUGAUGAAUGUACAGAAAAUCAUUGUUUCAAAGAAGCCCAACAACAACCAAAAUUUAUUUCAACAACAAAUCAUAACGAACGUGGAGCUUUUGAUGAUGCUUACGCAGCUGUCAUAAAUCGAACAGAAAUAAUGCAUGACUCUUAUGUAAUUUAUACUGUAAAAGUUACACGUACUUCACCUUCCACUGGACAGUCUCAAUCUUGGAAUACUCUCCGUCGUUUCAGACAUUUCGUUGAACUACACUCGUUUCUUACAAAUAGAUGUGGUCGUAUCGCUGAACUCAAAUUACCAUCAAAAAUAGCAUUUAAUAAUAUGAGUCCUGAAUUUUUAGCGCAACGUCGACGUGGACUUAAUUCCUAUUUGAAUACAUUGUGUAGCACUGAAUUCCAGAAUAAUCACCCAGGUAGUCGACUUUUGUGUAUUCAAUUCCUGCAACCUGACAGCUGGGAAAAAGGUCAUGUUGAAGCACGUAUAGUUUCUGCAAUUUUAACACCUUUUCGUACAGUUAGCAACGCUGUAAUGUCUGUUCCCGAUACAUUAGCUGAUGGUUUAAAUAAAAUUUUUGCUAAUAAAAAUCUUUCAACAUCCAGUUCACCCAACAUUUCUCGUAAUGAUGAGUUGAUGAAAAAAUCAAGUGACUUUGAAUUGCAAGAAGCAUUGGAUAUGCCGUUAGAAUCAUCGAAGAAUUCGGAUUCAUACGAUUAUAAUGCUCGAGAUGAAACACCAAUUCAAAUUUUAUUUUCAUUAGUCGACGAAAUCUUCGAUUUACAAAGAGAAAGUCAAUUUACCAGGCAAGGGAAUUUCGCUAUUUUGCGUAAAAUAUUUCAAACAUUCUUCGGUAUUAGAGUUAAUAAAAUGAUCAUUUCUAAAGCUUGUGCAUGGACAAGUGCACCAAAGAUCACUCAAUUAGUCAUUUAUUUGCGUGAUUAUUUCUGGCCUCCCAAAAAGCAUUCAUCAAAUACUACAAGUUUAACUGAACGUGACAAAGAGAUGAAAUUACGUACUCGUGUUUUGUGUAGAACUGUACUAUUAGGCAGUGUUUCUGAAGAACUCGCGCAAUUUCUCGGAAAUGAAACAACUCGUCGUGGUGUAUCUUGUGUAUUUAGUUUGCUUCAAGAAGAACGUUUUAAUCGUAGAUUUGUACAUACUAUCUUAGAAGCAUUUCUUUGUCAAUUAUUUCGACCAUAUCAUUCACAUUGGGAAGCUAUUUAUGAAAAAGAUUUAUGCCCCUUAAAAUGUGGACGAGUUUGUCGUUCACAUAAAUUAUGUGUUUAA